GGCGGGGGAAAGUGGUGUUCUGGGGCUGGUAUGUUCUGCAGGAUCCUGGGAGGGAAAGGAGGGUGCUGGGGGGUGGCGGAGGAGAGAGGGUUGAUCUGGUCUGGGGAGUUCUGUUGGGUGAUCUGGUGCUGGGGGAUCCGGGGGGCAGGGUGACCUAGUGCUGGGCGAAAGAGGUGACCCGGGGGUAGAGUUGUAACGUCUGGGUGGAAGCUAUGUUUGGAGGCAGAGAGGUACUUUGUGUGUUGGAGCAUAUGUAAGUAGAGACUCUGGGGGUACUUGAUUCUAAGGGUUGAGCAGAACAUGAGGGAUCAAAAGCUGGUAUGUUUGGGAGGAGGGGCGCUUGAUUCUGUGUGACAUAUUCUCUUAGCUGGAAACUCUGUUAAAAGGCUUGUUAAACUGAGGUCACUGGGUAGACAGAUAUGGUGACAGGUGGAUUAGAUGUAUACAGGGAGAUUUAGUGAAAGAAAUUAGUUAAUAUUCAUCAUAAUCUUAAUCCUGGUGUUUUGUUCUUGUUACGGUAUUUGUCAAGCUUUGCUAUGAAAUGUAAUGAUGAGGAAAUUCUGGUAGAAGAGUUUUACAUGAGAUAUAAACUUUAUUUUUACUUCCCCGAAGCAGGUUUGAUACAUACCACUUGCAGCAGGUGGACCAAAACCAUGAAUCACCUUUCUGUGUUUUGAGGUUUGUCCAACAUUUGUGUCUGUGUGGCUGCUGGGUGAUUUGGGUAGAAACAAAGGGAGACUCUAUUUGAAGUCAGAGCAGACGUGGAUCAUGUUUGUAUAUGGAUGAGUCUCAGUAUUUCAUCUGCAGAAACAAAUCCUCAGGUUACAAAAAUGUUCGGUACAGCACAGUCAUCCAAAGCUCAGUUCCUCAAUAAAGCGCGUCAGGCCCGUGAGGAGCGGAGAGAGCUGAAAGAGAGAGAGAGAGCUGCCAUUCAGAUCCAAGCCCUGAUCAGGAGGUUUCUUUGUCGAUGCUGGCUGCAGAGGGAGAUCAGGAGAGAAGUGGAGGAUUUCUUUGAAAUAAAUGAAUCUGUUUCCAGUAAAAGAAGUGCACUUUCCAUCUUCAAAAUUUCCAGGAAACUGCUGUUUGUUUUCAGAAUUAAAGAGGACAAAGAGAGAUUUGAAAAGUUGUGUCGCUGUAUCUUGAAUAGUAUGGAUGUUGAGAAUGAGCCCAAGGUGUGGUAUGUGUCAUUAGCACUUUCUAAGGAUCUUACACUCUUGUGGAUCAAACAGAUCAAGGACGUCUUGUGGUUUUGCUGUGAGUUUCUCAAACAGCUUAAGCCUGACAUCCUACAAGACUCUAAACUGGUCAAUUUGCACCUCACGAUGCUUGUUACCUUCACAGACACUUCCACGUGGAAAAUACUUCGGGGAAAAGGAGAAACCCUGCGACCUGCUAUGAACCACAUCUGUGCAAAUAUCAUGGGACAUCUCAAUCAGAAGGGAUUUUAUUCUGUGCUGCAGAUUUUGCUAACAAAUGGCUUGGCAAGAUCCAGACCAUCCCUGUCCAAAGGCACUUUAACCGCAGUCUUUUCUCUUGCAUUGCGCCCUGUGAUUGCUGCUCAGUUUUCUGACAAUCUCUUGAGAUCAUUCCUGAUCCAUAUCAUGUCAGUGCCUGCUAUUGUGACUCACCUUGCUACGCUAACACCUGAGCGUCUCUCAGUGCUAGAAUCCCAUGACCUUUUCCGCAAAUUCAUCUUAUUUUUAAGUCGUGAGGCUCAGUGCCGAGAUGUCUGCGUGUGUUUAGAAGGAAGCCAUACUCUUUGUUUACUGGGUAACCUCAUUUAUCUGGGCUCCUUGAAUGACAAAGUGCUAGAGGACGAGACUGCUCACUUUGUGAGUGUGCUCAUCCACAUGCUCUCUUACUGCCAGAAGUAUGUGUCACAAAAGAAAUCCAACCUCACGCACUGGCACCCUGUCCUUGGCUGGUUCUCCCAGACUGUGGAUUAUGGGUUAAAUGAGUCCAUGCCUCUGCUCACAAAGCAGUUGCAGCAUCUCUGGGGAGUCCACCUAAUUCGCAUCCUCUUCAGUGAUGUUCUCAGCAAGAAGCUGGUGGAGACUCAGGAUCCGACUUAUCCGUUGGGGCAAACUGCUUCCCCACAGAACAGCCUUCCUAUGAAAAGUCAGUUCAAUCUUUUCAAGCGAGCCUUCCAGAAAUCCGCCUCUGUUCGCAACAUCCUCAAGCCAGUUGGAGGCAAGCGGGUGGAUUCAGCAGAGGUGCAGAAGGUUUGCAGCAUCUGUGUGCUAUAUCAAACCACGCUGACGACUCUGACGCAGAUCCGGCUGCAGAUACUCACAGGCCUCACUUAUCUUGAUGACCUGUUGCCCAAAUUGUGGGCAUUUAUCUGUGAGCUGGGACCCCAGGGUGGAUUAAAACUCUUCUUGGAAUGCCUGAACAAUGACACAGAAGAGUCCAAGAGACUGCUGGCUAUGCUGAUGCUGUUUUGUGACUGUUCUCGACACCUUAUCACAAUUCUCGACGAAAUUGAAGUCUAUGAAGAACAGAUCUCAUUCAAAUUGGAAGAGCUAGUUACCAUCUCCUCUUUCCUGAAUUCCUUUGUGUUUAAGAUGAUCUGGGAUGGAAUUGUGGAGAAUGCCAAAGGAGAGACGCUGGAGUUGUUCCAUUCUGUUCAUGGCUGGCUGAUGAUUUUGUAUGAAAGAGACUGCCGCCGGCGCUUUGCUCCUGAGGACCACUGGUUGCGGAAGGACCUCAAACCCAGUGUGCUCUUUCAAGAGCUGGACAAAGACAAGAAGCGAGCUCAGCUGCUCUUGCAGUACAUCCCGCAUGUCAUCCCCCAUAAGAACAGGGUUCUUCUUUUCCGAAACAUGGUGACAAAGGAGAAGGAGAAGCUUGGGCUGGUUGAAACAAGCUCUGCAUCACCUCACGUCACACACAUAACUAUCCGCCGCUCACGGAUGCUGGAGGAUGGAUAUGAACAACUAAGGCCGCUGACUCAGAACCUCAUGAAGGGAGUUAUCCGAGUGAAGUUUGUGAAUGACCUGGGUGUCGAUGAGGCUGGUAUUGAUCAAGAUGGUGUUUUCAAAGAGUUCCUGGAGGAGAUCAUAAAGAAGGUGUUUGACCCUGCACUCAACCUCUUUAAGACGACCAGCGGCGACGAGAGGCUGUAUCCAUCCCCGACAUCCUACAUCCACGAGAACUAUCUCCAGCUCUUUGAGUUUGUGGGAAAAAUGCUCGGGAAGGCUGUGUAUGAGGGGAUAGUUGUGGAUGUUCCCUUUGCUUCCUUCUUCUUGAGUCAGCUGCUUGGGCACCGUCACAGUAGCUUUUACAGCUCUGUGGAUGAACUUCCCUCUCUGGACUCUGAGUUCUACAAAAACCUCACCUCGAUUAAGCGCUACGAUGGAGAUAUCAGCGACUUGGGCUUAACGCUCUCCUAUGACGAAGAUGUGAUGGGUCAGCUUGUUUGCCAUGAACUUAUUCCUGGAGGGAAGACCAUUCCUGUUACCAAUGAAAAUAAAAUCAGCUACAUCCAUCUCAUGGCUCAUUUUCGGAUGCACACGCAGAUAAAAAGUCAGACGGCUGCGCUCAUUAGCGGCUUCAGGUCAAUAAUUAAGCCCGAAUGGAUUCGGAUGUUUUCUGCACCUGAGUUACAGCGGCUCAUAUCCGGUGACAAUGCUGAAAUUGACCUAGAGGACUUAAAGAAACACACUGUGUACUAUGGUGGCUUCCAUGGGAGUCACAGGGUCAUUAUCUGGCUCUGGGACAUCCUAGCCAAUGACUUCAGCCCCGAGGAGAGAGCGAUGUUUCUAAAGUUUGUUACCAGCUGCUCCCGGCCUCCGCUUCUGGGCUUUGCCUACCUCAAGCCUCCUUUCUCCAUCCGCUGCGUAGAAGUCUCAGAUGAUCAGGACACUGGCGAUACGCUGGGCAGCGUGCUAAGGGGCUUCUUCACCAUACGCAAGAAAGAGCCAGGGGGCCGGCUCCCCACCUCUUCUACUUGUUUCAACCUGCUCAAGCUUCCCAACUACAGCAAGAAGAGCAUCUUGCGAGAGAAGCUGCGCUAUGCCAUCAGCAUGAACACAGGCUUUGAGCUCUCGUAGCUGCUUUGGCACCUGGGGUCGGCCCCAAGAGCCGCUAGCUGACGUGGGACACACGGCCCUUCGUGUGAAGCGGGUUGGUCAGCUCCAAGACAAAUAUAUGCAAAUGGUAUUAGAGGUUCACAGGGAGAGCUCCUGGGCUAGGCAGCUGCGGGAUCUGUCUAAGCUGUCCUGCAGCACUAGGGCAGUGCUGGGUCGGAUCCAAUACGCUUGUCGUCAUGUAAACUAUUAUUUAAAAUCAAACCCAGAGAGAGCAUUAAAGUAGCAUUGAAAACCCCAGUCUGGAUCCAGCAGCCAGCGGGCCUGGGCCAUGAUGUGGAGUCCAAGUUAGCUGCUGUCGUGCAGGAGGGUUUUUAACUUUCCUAGGAGAUGGCCCAGCUGUUCCUUUGGGUGGUGCCAUUCGAAGUAAGGCGACAGUGGAAGCGUUGCUGAAGUACUAGGAGGCUAGACGGUAGUCAGCUGCAUUGACUGUGCGUGUUCCCUUAGUCCCUUCGCUCUGGCAAAGCUUUGCAGUGAUGAUGUCCUGAGGUCCUGUGCACCAGGCAAGGCCGGCGUGCUCAUCUACCGUGAAAACAAACAGCUUGCCCGAGUGUAGGAGCAACAGCCAUAAUGGCAGAAAAAUCAACCUUCCGCUCUCCAAGACCGUUUCAAAAUGCUGUAGAAUAGGAGCUCAAAGAACCGACGCAGAGGCUGGAAUGCAGAGGCAGUCGCACUGCUGCUGGCUCCUUGCCAGUUCUGCAUGUUGGAGGAGAGGGAACACUUUCUGCUUUUAAGCAAAUUAGAACAAGGUUUAACUUUAUUUUAUUUUCAUCUUACAAGUGACCAGGAAGCACAGUGGCACUUGUAUAGCAUUCGACUCUGUCAGUGUCAUUAAAUGCAUCUUCCAUAGUCAUCUUUAAUGCUUGGAAUGCAUCAAGCUGCCAAUAGCCUGUUUUAAAACGCCUCAGCUGGGAAGUUCACCUCUUGCUCAGAGAUGUAAAUUUCAUAGUUCAGUUUACCUUCUCUCUCCCUUAUGGAGGUCUCUGCUUUAGCCCAUUUGCAACCCCGACUUGGCCUCUCCAAAGCCCAGUGAUGUUUGCUUGCCAAACUAUUUAUUUGUAAUAUUUUUGGCCUUAUUUUAUUAGCUUCUGCUCACCUGCUGCAAUUCAGCUUUUUAGCUGGUGGUUAUGAAGAGUCUUUUUCAGGAGGGAGGGAAUGUGUUUGUGUGUAUGUGUGAGAUUCCCACCUGCUGGCCAUUUCCACUUCUUUUUUUAAUGAUGAAAUAUAGAGACUGUCCAGUCAAACCUCGUUUAGGCCUGCUACUUUGCACCUCUGACAUUUUACAGCCAGAGUGGAUCCUGUCUCAGCCCAGCAGUUCUCCAUGUUCUAUGGAGAAAGGACGGUGCUUUCUCUCAGGUGUUCCCUUGUGCUGCGUGGAUUUCUGGAAAGCACAGUAUGCUCUAAUGUUCAGGAACAAUUAUUUUAUUUAACUCUUCACUCUGCCUAUUGCAGCCCAGCUAAAAGGAUCUCGUGCCGAGGUUGACAGCUUUCCCUCUCGCCUUCCUUUCCUCCUCUUAGCAUAUGAGGGGUGGGUGUGUUUGUGGUUUUAACAAACCCUACUCUCCACAAUACCUAGGCGGAUCCAACGAAAGCAUCGCUGUGCAAGUUGCCCAGCAGCAGAUGCUACAAUGCAAGGCUACCUCAUCUUCAGGAUCUUUUCAAUAGGUAUGAAUGGCAGGAGAUCCAAACCCAGGCAUGUUUGCAUAGCACAAGUCUCAGCACCGGAAUGGUCCCCAGGGUGUUGGGCAGGCCCUCUGAAUCCUUAGUGAGAGACAAGAAUUAGAAAGCAGACCAGAAAAUGCUCCCAGCUGGAACUCCUCAAACAAGAGCAUCCGAAUGCCCGUCAUGUUUUCUCUUCUUUCAUUUUAAUCGACACUGAAUUUCAAGGGAAUAAACUUUCUCUACUUGAGAACUAUUACUGGAAAAUGCAUCUCAAAUCCUCCUAUAUUAGGGACUUUUUCUGUGUGAACUCUAUUCUGUAGGAAUGAACUGAUCUAUUAAUGAAGGAAGAAGCGUCUGCUAAGUUGAGUGAAUAUGGAGAAUUUAUAGAGAGCAGUAAACACCGUUUUUGAUUUUGUGUAAGUGAUCACUUAACACUUGUUAACCAUCGUAUAGACUGAAAGGCCAUGACACUGACCUGUAACAGAUUAUUGUAGCUUAAGAUAUGACACAGUAUUGUUUUUCUUAGAUAAACGCAAUGUCCUGUUAGAUCACAAGCCUGAAAUUGUCUGUUAAACAACAAAUCUCUGCUCCCCUUUAAGUUUCCUUGAAAAGUUUGGAAAUAUUGCACUAUACAAGACACUAAAACUAUAAUUUUGUAGCUAUUGUAUCAAUUGUGAUUGUGUAAUAAACUACACACACUCUGUUGGCUAUAUGGAUAACAGCAUUUCUCAUAAGUAACUGAUUUCUGUAUGACUUUGAGAGGCUCUGUUACAUUUGUAUUGAGUAGAAGGCUAUGAAUAUGACAGGUCCUGCCCUGGGUGUCUGUAGUUUGCAUGUGUGUUCUGUGUGGGGAGGAGAAAGUUUUUUGCUAUAGGAGAUUAAUGAGUUUAUUUUUUCUAUAGAUAAGACUUAAUGGUCCUGAGAUCCUGGCACAUCUCAUGUCAAAAAUGCAGAAAGAUAUUAAAUAAACCUGAUGUGUUGAAUAAGA